AUGGCAAUGGCCACAGCAAGGCCAGCACUCCGUACCGCUUCUCGUCUCCUCCGGCCCUUUCCCCGCCGCUCUCACUCAACUACCACUUCGUCCGUCUCCGCCUCCGAAGUCUCCCAUUUCUCCUCUCUCGCCAGCUCUUGGUGGGAUCCCAUGGGCCCCUCACGAGUCCUCCACCUCAUGAACCCUCUUCGGCACGACUUCAUCGCCUCCUGUCUCUUUGAUUCUUCCCCAGACUUCCCCGCGAAACAACCGGGCACAACCCCGAAUACCCUUCAUUACCUCGACAUCGGCUGCGGCGGUGGCAUCUUCGCUGAAUCCCUCGCGCGCACCAUCCCACACCCACAAUCAACCGAGUCCGAAACACCAACUGUCACUCGCGCUGCCUCAAUAACAGCCAUUGACCCCACGACGACCCUCAUCCAGAUUGCGCGCGACCACGCCCGCAAAGAUCCAAAGGUGUCAGCGCACCUGAGCGAUGGCCGGUUUCGGUAUGUGAACUGUACGCUGGAAGACGUGAUCGCCUCGCGGAAUGCAGAUAAAUCUUCGGAUCCUUCAGCAGCCACUGGCACGCUCGGAGAGGGUGUGGGAAAGAAAGACGGCUACGACAUGAUAACUCUCUUCGAAGUCAUUGAGCACAUCGACACAAACGCCUCGAUAUCCCCGCUCUCCUUCUUAACGGACUGCCUACGCCUCCUUAAACCUGGCGGAUGGCUCGUUGGGUCGACAAUCGCACGGACUUUGCCUUCAUUCCUGAUCAACCAGGUUAUUGCCGAAGCGCCGUGGCCGAUUGGUGUUGUCCCGCGGGGAACACAUGAGUGGAGAAAGUUCGUUAACCCCGAAGAGCUGGAGAGCUGGGCGAGCGAGGGUUUAAUGCGGAGUGCGGACUUAGAGCGAGGCUCAGUCAUGAGGAGUGGAAGUGAGGCACUCGACGGGAUGAGGUGGAAGUGUGCUGGUGUGGUGUAUUUCCCUGGAUUCGGAUGGAAGUUUGUGCCUGGGUCUGAGAGUUGGGGAAAUUAUUUCUGGGCUGUGAGGAAGGGGUUGUAG